AUGCCGCUGAACUUCGGACCCACUCUCGACGGUGAUAUCAAGGCCGUCCUCCUGGACGCGGACCGGGUGGCACAUCGAGUCAAGGAGCUGGGUGCGGAGAUCUCGCGCGACUAUGUCGACAAGACCCCCUUGCUGGUGGGUGUGCUGAACGGGGCUAUGGUGUUCAUGGCCGAUCUGAUCCGCCAGAUCAACGUCCCCAUGGAGAUUUGCUCUCUAGCCGUCAGCUCGUAUGGCAAAAGAUCUACUUCUGGUGACUUGAGCUUCCUCAAAGACGUGAACCAGGACGUGAAGGGGAAGCACGUCAUCUUCGUGGAGGACAUCGUCGACACCGGAAAGACGACGCUUGGGCUCGCAUGCGAGUUUGGCACUCUUUGCCCUUUCAUUUUUGGAGCUAAAAGCCAUCUGCGACCUUUUUGA